AUGAGAGGAAGGGUACGGGGUCCUGUUGAGAAAUAGAGAAGAGAGAAGGUUUACAACAUAAACAGCAUCUGAAGCAGAAAAGUCUCUCCUCUCUCUCUCUGCUCUUUCAGUUCUUUCUUCGUGCCUUAGCACUUACCUCUCCCCAGCAGGGAGGAGCAGGAUCAGGAAGCCAAGGCCGUGUGUGGUUAUGACUCCUGGCUUUAUUACACAUCAGGCUUUUAUAGGACAGGAAAUACAGUCUUGCCUUCACCUACUGUACAGUACCACUACAGGCUUCUCUCCCUGAUUUAUGUCAUCAGGGUUGCUGUGGUGUUCACUCUCUCUAUCUCUCUUACGCAUCAUUCCCCUUUUCUCACCCUUCUCCUCACCCUCAUCUCUCUCUCUCUCUCUCUCUCUCUCUCUCUCCUCUCUCUCUCUCUCUCUCUCUCCUCUCUCUCUCCUCUCUUCUCUCUCCUCUCUCUCUCUCUCUCAUUCCCUCUCUCCUCCCCCUCAUCCCUUUCUCUCUCUUUCCCAGUCAGAUCUACUGUAUAGAGAAUGCUCAUGGGCAGCUGGUUCGAGACCUGGACUUCAAUCCCAACAAACAGUACUACCUGGCCAGCUGUGGGGACGACUGCAAGGUCAAAUUUUGGGAUGUGAGAAACAUCAACGAGCCAGUCAAGAGCCUGGAGGAGCACUCUCACUGGUGGGCACCUGUUACACACUGUAGACACACACACACACACACACACACACACACACACACACAGGACAUGCACAUACACUCACACACAGCAUAUACAGUGUCUUUGGAAAGUAUUCAGACCCCUUGACUUUUUCCACACUUUAUUACGUUACAGCCUUAUUCUAAAAUUGAUUAAAUUGUUUUUUUCCCUCAUUCAUCUACAGACAAUAGCCCAUAAUGACAAAUCAAAAACAUGUUUUUGGACAUUUUUGCGAAUUUAUAUUUAAAAAAUAAAAUAACUUAAAUAUCACAUUUACAUAAGUAUUCAGACCCUUUACUCAGUACUUUGUUGAAGCAAUUACAGCAUCGAUUCUUCUUGGGUAUGACACUACAAGCUUGGCACACCUGUAUUUGGGGAGUUACUCCCAUUCUUCUCUGCAGAUCCUCUCAAGCUCUGUCAGGUUGGAUGGGGAGCGUUGCUGCACAGCUAUUUUCAGGUCUCUCCAGAGAUGUUAAAUCGGGUUCAAGUCCAGGCUCUGGCUGGGCCACUCAAGGACAUUCAGAGACUUGUCCCGAAGCCACUCCUGCUUUGUCUUGGCUGUGUGCUUAGGGUCGUUGUCCUGUUGGAAGGUGAAACUUUGCCCCAGUCUGAGGUCCUGAGCGCUCUGGAGCAGGUUUUCAUCAAGGAUCCAUCUGUACUUUUCUCUGUUAAUCUUUGCCUCGAUCCUGACUAGUCUCCCAGUCCGUACAGCAUGAUGCUGCCACCACCAUGCUUCACCAUAGGGAUGGUUCCAGGUUUCCUCCAGGUUUCUGCUUGGCAUUCAGGCCAAAGAGUUCCAUUUUGGUUUCAUCAGACCAGAGAAUCUUGUUUAUCAUGGUCUGAGAGUCCAAGUGGGCUGUCAUGUGCCUUUUACUGAGGAGUGGCUUCCGUCUGACCACUCUACCAUGCAGGCCUGAUUGGUGGAGUACUGCAGAGAUGGUUGUCCUUCUGGAAGGUUCUCCCAUCUCCACAGAGGAACUCUAGAGCUCUGUCAGAGUGACCAUCGGGUUUUUGGUCACCUCCCUGACCAAGGUCCUUCUCAUGUCCAAUCAAUUGAAUUUACCACAGGUGGACUCCAAUCAAGUUGUAGAAACAUCUCAAGGAUGAUCAAUGGAACCAGGAUGCGCCUGAGCUCAAUUUCGAGUCUCAUAGCAAAGGGUCUGAAUACUUAAGUAAAAACGUAUUUUUUUAAUUAUUAUUUUUAUACAUUUGGAAAACUUUCUAAAAACCUGUUUUCGCUUUGUCAUUAUGGGGUAUUUUUUAUCCAUUUUACAAUAAGGCUGUAAUGUAACAAAAUGUGGAAAAAUACAAGGGGUCUGAAUACUUUCCGAAGGCACUGUAUACCAUUGCAAUUAUAGCCUCAAACCCCCUCUUUACACAACCAACAGAACAUGAACAACAUUCCUACCAAUUAGCAUCAUUUUGCUGAACAGUCAUAUUCCACUGAUGUAUGUGUGCUUUUAGCUUAUUGUAUACUGACCCUGUCACAAUGUAUGUGUUGUUAUGACGAGAAGUUUGUUGCUGCUACAAACAUACAUUCUGAGAUGGUUAAGUACAUUGCACUGCCGUGUUCCGGUGCGGGUUACUGUAGCUAUUCUGUGAUGAGCUGCAGUGCUCAGGGCUAUGUAAGUAGCUGGACACAGUGCACUGCAGUAUUCAGGCGUAUAUGUGUGUGUGUGUGUGUGUGUGUGUGUGUGUGUGUGUGUGUGUGUGUGUGUGUGUAGAGACACGCUCUGUCUCUCUUUCUCUCUCUGGUGUGAGCUGAAUAGAUAAUGACUCUGUCUGAGAGCCAAACCAUGCUGUGGAGAAGUUUGUUGCUGCUACAAUCAUACAUUCUGAGAUGGUUAAGUACAUUGCAUUACCGUAUACACACACAUCCAUCCUACACCCCCCCCCCCCCCCCCCCCCCCCCACCCCCCCAAAAAAAUUGUAUAAAUAAAAAACACACACACACAUACAUACUGUACAUGCAUACAGUGGACUGGCCAAAUGUAUCCAGAACAGUGUAGAUGUGAACCCAUUCUGAUAGUAGGCUCCAGUGUGUGAUUUCUGAGCAGUGCUCUGAGGGACAAUUUUUUCAGGAGGGAAGAGGAUUACCCGAACACAGGGAAAGGGUGCUCUGAGCCUGAUUUUAUGUCAACAGCCCAGUUAUCCCCAAGCAUUCUCUAUGAGAGAGAGAGAGAGAGUAGAGAGCAGAGAGAGAGAGAGAGAGAGAGAAGAAAGAGAGAGAGAGCGAGUGAUGAGAGAGAUGAGAGAGAGAGAGGCCAGAUUUAUGAGCUAUAGAGAGUAUCUCGAUAAUAUCUCCGUCAGUCGCUAUCUUUCCUCUGUCUUGACGACGUAUCUCUCUCUAUCGAUCUCCUCUCUCUCUUCCUCCUCUCGCUCACGUCCCUCCUUCUUCUCGAUCGCUCAUUUUACGCUCUCAGUUGCUAAGAUCCCCCUCCGCCCCCCCCCAACCCUUCUAGUUCCCCCCCACUCGUCCAAGAGAACCUUUUCUCAAAGCGUCAUGUAGGUUUUCAAAAUCAUUACCUUUAUUAGCUAACCAUAAUUACACAACACCUCACGGCAGUACAAACUAAGCAGCAGAGAAACAAAGCCCAGAUCCAUCUCAAUUACCACACACGUACAUGGACUGAGGAGCCAAAGGGAUAAGCGACAAAAGGAAAGAGAGAAUAUAUAGAUGGAUUAAAAACACCCAUUCACUGAUUCUCUGUGUGUGUGUGUGUGUGUGCCCACCACCCAGGGUGUGGAGCGUGCGCUACAACCACUCUCAUGAUCAGCUGCUGCUGACCGGCAGCAGUGACAGCAGGGUGAUUCUGUCCAACAUGGUGUCCAUCUCCUCCGAGCCCUUCGGUCACCUGGUGGACGACGAUGACCUCAGCGACGAAGAGGAUAACCACCAGGACAAGAAGUAUGGACACUAA